GCAUGCGCACUAAACAUCGUCUUCAAUUGCGAGAGGAGAGGAGAGCUAGAGACAGAAUAAUGGCUGCUUACAAACUGACUUAUCUGAACUACAAGGCUAGGGGUGAGCUGGUCAGGUUUAUUCUGGCUUAUGCUGAGGUGGACUAUGAAGAUGUCAGACUUGUACCUGAAAAAUGGCAGGAGUUGAGACCAACAACCUUGUACGGUAUUCUACCAACUUUGGAGUUUGAUGGCAAAAUACUGAGUGGAAAUGGAACCAUUGCAAGAUACCUAGCCGAGAAAUUUGAGCUUGCUGGAAAAACCCCCGAAGAAAAUGCUGAGAUUUAUUCCAUGGUGGAUUGCAUUGAGGAUCUGUGGCAGCAUAUUGCAGCUAUGUUUAGGGAGCAAGAUGAAGCAAUAAAGGCUGAGCGGAGAAAGGUAUUUGUGGAGAAGUAUCUACCUGUUCCUUUGAUGAAGCUUGAGAAAGCAGCUGCCUCUAAUGGAACACCACAAGGAUGGUUGUACGGAUCAAAGGUGACGUAUGCUGAUUUAUCUGUUGCUGUGUUGCUGGAGAUGCUGGCUAAGAAUCAUCCAGCCAUACUAGAUUCCUUGCCCACACUUGCAAAGCUCAAAAUCAGUGUUGAGCAGCUCCCAGCUAUUGACAAAUGGAUCAAGUCUCGGCCCGAAACACCAUACUAAACUAUUAAAAAACUCUGAACAUUGACUUGUGCAUAUAAAUAUUAUAGAAUCAGUGUAUCAUAACGUGUGCUGUAUGAUAAAUAUUUGUGAGGUAAUAUCUUCCCCUUUAUAGCCAUGCAAUAUGAUUAUAAGGAAUGGUAAUUGA